GUACGCAUGUGAUCAUCAACGACGAAGGCGGAAAGAGCAAUGGCGAAGAAAAGUUAUGACUACCUCUUCAAAUUGCUCCUUAUAGGAGACUCAGGUGUCGGGAAGACGUGCAUUUUAUUUCGUUUCUCCGACGAUGCAUUUAACACGACGUUUAUCUCGACAAUAGGAAUUGAUUUUAAGAUAAAGACUAUUGAGCUUCAAGGAAAGAAGAUCAAGCUGCAGAUAUGGGAUACAGCUGGCCAGGAGCGUUUCCACACAAUCACUACAUCAUAUUACAGAGGAGCAAUGGGCAUUAUGUUGGUUUAUGACAUCACUCAAGAGAAAACUUUUGAUAAUAUCUCCAAGUGGCUGAGGAACAUUGAGGAGCAUGCAAAUGAAGAUGUAGAAAAGAUGAUCCUUGGUAACAAGUGUGAUAUGGAUGAUAGAAGGAUUGUUAGCAAAGAACGCGGAGAACAGAUUGCCAGAGAGCAUGGUAUUCGCUUCCUGGAAACAAGUGCCAAAACCAAUGUCAACAUAGAACAGGCAUUCUACAACCUAGCAGAAGAUAUUCUAAAGAAACAAUUGACCAAAGACAACGAGGAAACUUCCCAAAACAUCCAUGUUAGCAAUACACAAGAGAAAAAGUCUGGCUGCUGUUAAAGAGAGUUUUAACUGCAGUUCUAUUUUUGUUAAACAAUUUACUUAAAUGUACAGUUAAUUCCUAUGGGGGACCAUGAGUCCUUGGAACAGAAGUGUAUGUAGUUUCUAGGUGUGACAUUGAUAGAGAAGAUGGAUUUUCACACUUUCCUCAUACAGAAAGUUUUAAUUGGUGAUGUAGUUGGUUUGCAAUCCUCUUGCUUAAAUUGGUAAAGAGAUCAAUGGGCUACCUGUGAGAAAUUGGCCAACCUGUGUAUUUAGGGUGGGAAACAAACCAUUGGUAACUCUUACAUCAAGUCCCAAUUGAUCAAUUCUCUCUAGAGAUUGUCAUACAUUCCUUUUAAUGUUACUUCAGAGAAUUGCAUGUAAGAGGUACAUAUGGUCAAUAUUCAAGUGGCAUGAUUUGUUGGUGCUUCUCUAUUUGUUGAAAAAUCAAUCUUGGAAAUCAAAAUCUAAACUUUAGUUUCUCAGGAUAUUUGAAAGAAUGAGAUAGCAGCCAUGAAAUAUUAUAACUCAUGUAAAACAUUUUUUUUAUAAAGUAAAGUGAUUUGGUCUCGAGUGGUA